GGUAUAAAACACAGCUGUUUGCUUUCCUUGCAACUGUAGUUUGCCAGCAGAAGCAUUGACUCCAGGCAAGUUACAUAGGCCUAUAAAACUCAGCAUCUAUACCGUCGACCGUAGUUCUUGUGUAAAACCCUUUCACGCUUUGAUUGAAGAAUUUUUGAUAUGUUUUUGGGGUAUACCGUUUUUGAAGUUUGUUCUAUGGAAGAAGAAGGCAAGCAAAUUAUAGGUGAAAGUAAUUUCGACCAGAGGGACACCUUUAGAGAAUCCUGAUCUCUGAUAUCCGUCCUGGGUCGCUUUAACAAAGUACCGGGCAGAGUUCCUUAUCUUGUGUUCACCUCUUGUCUUCGUACCACCUUCAAAUUUCACUGAUCUAAAGAAAAUGGUUGGAUUCAGACCCACUGAUGUGCCUCCAACUGCAGCAGUCAAGUUUAUAGGAGCUGGAACUGCGGCCUGCAUUGCUGACCUGUUCACCUUUCCCUUGGACACAGCCAAAGUUCGACUCCAGAUCCAGGGGGAGGCCAAAGGCACUGCUGUGUCUAGUAAUGGAACAGCAGUCAAGUAUCGCGGCGUGUUUGGCACCAUCACCACCAUGGUGCGCACUGAAGGGGCCAGGAGCCUCUACAACGGCCUGGCGGCCGGACUGCAGAGACAGAUGAGCUUUGCCUCUGUCCGCAUCGGCCUCUAUGACUCUGUCAAGCAGUUCUACACCAAAGGCUCAGACCAUGUUGGGAUUGGUAGCCGCCUACUGGCGGGGUGUACCACCGGUGCUAUGGCUGUGGCUCUCGCCCAGCCUACAGAUGUGGUGAAGGUGCGCUUCCAGGCCCGGACGAGCACUUCUGGGCCGAGCCGGCACUACCAGGGAACCAUGGAUGCCUACAAGACCAUCGCCAAGGAGGAAGGCAUUCGUGGCCUGUGGAGAGGUACGGGCCCAAACAUUGCACGCAAUGCAAUCGUGACCUGCACCGAGCUGGUGACGUAUGACCUCAUCAAAGAUUCCCUGCUGAAAUCAACACCUUUGACUGAUGACCUACCCUGCCACUUCACAUCAGCAUUUGGUGCUGGUUUCUGUACUACUGUAAUAGCCUCCCCUGUUGAUGUAGUGAAGACAAGAUAUAUGAACUCUGCCCUGGGCCAGUAUAAAGGUGCCCUCAACUGUGCUUUUGCUAUGGUAACCAAGGAGGGGCCCCUUUCCUUCUAUAAGGGGUUCAUGCCUUCUUUCCUCCGGCUGGGAUCCUGGAACGUUGUGAUGUUCGUGACAUAUGAGCAGUUGAAGCGUGCCAUGAUGGCAGCCCACCAGAACUGGUCUACUCCUCUGUAGACUGGGCCACUGGCUAGAUGCUGUGUUUACUCUCAUUCCUUUUUAUAACCAACUAUCCUAUUUUGCACCACCUUCUCUUCCUUUGACAUUUGACUGAAAAGCUGGUCCUUUCUGUAUUUUUAAAGCUUCGUAACAUAAAAUACAUUUUUAACAA